AUGAAGGUGGUCUGGCAGCAAACCAACAUCAACCAGCGUCUUUCCCUUCUGGAGGAGCAGCAGCAUGAAGUCGACCAAGCCGCGGGCCUCGGCAUUAAUGACCACACGACCCACCAAGAAACCAAUAACACGACCAUCUUCAGUGAGAUGGCCCAGGAACAGGGGACCGAUGUGAUAACUCUCAAUCAACUAGUAGGCAGCAGUCUCGCCCUCGAUGUAUCCAAUUUCCCAAUCAAAACGAGCAAACUUGACAACGACAGGUUCUUCAAAUUGGGGACAUGCGACUUCGUAAAUGCCCGUAUGAAGUCUCCUACUCUUUCCCAGAUCCAUGUAAUCAACAAAAGUGUUAUGUGUUACGCCAUGUAUUCCCAACCCCAGGAAACGAGGUUCGAGUGGCGCGCGCAAAGUAUGGUUCGCCGGUUUCUGGGUGUUUGGUCACUAGUAGUACAUCGUUCCAAUCGCCUGAAGGAAGAUCGGGGAGAAUCGAGGCUAGAGAUGGGCUGA